AAAUCCUUCAUUGCUAUAGAAGAAGACAUCAUCGUGAAACCCUCCACCGAGCUGAUUCCCGACGAAUACGAACACUCCACAAACCAGAGCGUUCUAUUCCACGUUUUCGCCGCACCCCUAGUAACACCACUAGCCGAAGAACUGCUAAAGAGCGUCCGCCUCAUCAACUAUGACGUGGACACCAAACGCAACCUUCACGACUUGAACAAACCCAACGAGUUUUGGACUCACCUCGAAGCGAUUAGAAAAGAAGCACCCAAUAAAAGCGCCUUGAUUCUGUUCUUCAUUGGGUACUACGGCAAGGAGAACGGCACUCUCCUCAUAUCGGAGGAAGACUUCUCGAAAAACGUCCACGUGAAACAAGUGUGGAAUUUUUUCUCCGGCAACAACUGCCCCGAGUUGAAACACAAGCCGAAAAUUUUCGUGUUUUGUAUGUCUUCGCAGCCUCGUGGUGGAGCCGUGCAAACCGACUCCAUGAGGCACCGUACCAUGAAAUUCGACAAAGUGUACGACUUCCCAGCUGAAUCAGACAUGUUAAUCGUGUAUAAGAAAGUCGCUGAGGUUGACCUGGUGGACAUUUUUCUGGACGAACUCUGCAACAACAUCGUCUACCAUAGCAAGAAGUACGACUUCAUAGAUCUCAUUAGUUACAUCCACAACAACCGCAGGUCGGUUCCUCUUGUGAUUUCGACUUUAACUCGAAAGUUCUAUUUGACGCCGAACGACCAAAGAGACCACUAUUUGUCGGUUGUGGAGAAUCAGAUGAGUCUGGAGGAGAUGUUGCAGAAAAUACACGACGAUGUCCAGAAGCUUCAGGACGCCCAGAAGAAGAAGAAGGAGAAGAAGUUUAGUUUCAGUUUUAAGAAGAAGAGCGAAGACAAGCCUAAGGUGGUCAAGAGGGAGGAUAAGCCGAUUGUGGAAAGUCCUAGAACGUCGGUGAAAACGGACGGUCCCAGUAGUCCUAAAGCGUCCAUGGCUGGUCCCAGUCCCGUUCAUAGAUUAAGCGGGGGCUCGAAUUCCGGACGACGAUCCAGGAACCCCUCCCUUUCAGAAGUGACCUUCCAAAAACGAAAACCCAUUUGGAAAAUAUGACAACACGAAUAGUUUGUUCUAAUUUUUAUUUAUUUCUUAAUCUCAAACAAAAAGUGUGAGUGGCUGAUUUGUUAAAAAUAAAAACAUUUAAAUGGUUGAUAAAAUUA